AUGGCUAGUGUGCGGACAUUCAGAUCGCUGGCGACACCUGCGCGGCAGGCAAUUGCGUCGUCCAAGCGGAGGGCAUCGCUGCUCCCCGCGCUGCAGGUCCGCGCCCACUCCUCUAAGCAUCCCAAGGGCUUCGAGCCGCCCACCCAGGCCGACCUGACUGAACUGCGCGAGAGGGUUCAGGAAUUCACACGCCGCGAGAUCUCCGAGGAGGUCGCGUCACACACGGACAAGAGCAAUGCCUUCCCCAAUGACAUGUGGCCCAAGCUGGGCGAGGCCGGGUUCCUGGGCAUGACAGCCGACGAGGACUACGGUGGUCUUGCUAUGGGCUACCAGGCGCACUGCAUAGUCCUGGAGGAGAUAUCCCGGGCCAGCGGGUCGAUCGGUCUAAGCUACGCAGCCCACUCACAGCUCUGCGUCAACCAGAUCCAGUUGAACGGCACGCCCGAGCAGAAAGACAAGUACCUGCCCGGCCUGAUUGCCGGGACCAGCAUUGGCGCUCUCGCCAUGUCCGAGUCAGGCGCUGGCAGCGAUGUCGUGAGCAUGCGCACCACGGCCAAGGCAGUCGAUGGUGGGUAUGUCAUCAAUGGCACCAAGAUGUGGAUCACGAAUGGUCCUGAUGCGGAUGUCAUCGUGGUGUAUGCAAAGACCGAGCCCGACAAGGCCUCCAAGGGGAUUACUGCCUUCCUCGUUGAGACAAAGUCCAAGGGCUUUAGCUGUGCGAGGAAGCUGGACAAGAUGGGGAUGCGCGGCAGCAAUACUGGUGAGCUCGCGUUCGAGGAUGUCUUUGUUCCCGAGGAGAAUGUCCUGGGAAAGAUCAACGGGGGCGUCCGCGUACUCAUGGAGGGCCUCGACCUUGAGCGUCUGGUUCUCAGCGCCGGACCCCUGGGCAUCAUGCAGGCGGCCCUCGAUGUUGCUCUGCCUUUUACCCACCAGCGGAAGCAGUUUGGCCAGCCGAUCGCGCAAAACCAAUUUGUGCAAGGAAAGCUUGCGGACAUGUAUACUAAACUUCAGGCAUCAAGAGCGUACACGUAUGGUACAGCAAAGGCAGUCGAUGAGGAAGGCAUCAUCAAGACGCAAGACUGCGCAGGAGCCAUUUUAUAUGCUGCAGAGAGAGCGACGGAAUCUACAUUGGAUUGCAUCCAGCUUUUGGGAGGCAUGGGCUACGUGGAGGAGAUGCCAGCCUCGAGGCUUUUGAGAGAUGCCAAACUGUACGAGAUUGGUGCAGGAACGUCAGAGAUCCGACGGAUGGUUAUUGGCAGAGCAUUUAACAAGGAAUAUGCCAAUGCCUAG